GCCAAUGUCAUUCACACUUCCUCUACUCUGCAGCAGACAGACCCGGCUCCUCUAAUCCUCCUGUUUCUUCCUCCACCUCUCUAAAACUUUUUUGGGGGGUAUUAACAACUAUAGCUUUGGGGAUAAUAUAGCUUUAAGACAAUUUUUGGCAAACGCAAGCGUCCUAACAUCUGGGCGGUGUUACCAGAAUCCUGGAGGCCCUGACAGACCAGGAGCCACUGGUUCUAGGAAUGUUAAAGUAGAAGAGGUUUCACCCCUCCCCCGACUGAUGACAGGAGCAGAGAGCAAGGAGAAAGAGGAGAGAGGAGGAGACCACAAAAAGUAAAAUUAAAAAGAUGCAUGUUCCUGCUCUCUUUUCAGCUUCCAGCAGAACGAUGGCUCCCUCCGAUCCCAUAUAUCUGCUUCCUCUAACUUUUGGGAGUUCAUAGCUGGCUCAGCUCUGAAAGUCAUUCUCCCUUACUCUAAUACCUCUGGCCACAUAGCCCUAUUCUGCUCUUCUGAAGCUUCCCUGACAAGGAUGGCUGGUCGACUGACUCAAAAAGGUGUUCUCUCACUACUGCUUUUUCUAAUGCCAGCAGUGACACCAACAUGGUAUGCAGGCUCAGGCUACAAUCCAGAUGAAAGCUACAAUGAAGUAUAUGCAGAAGAGGUCCAAGAUGGCUAUGCUCUGGACUACCGAGUCCCCCGAUGGUGUUAUACAUUGAAUAUCAAGGAUGGAGAAGCCACAUGUUACUCACCAAUGGGCGGAAAUUAUCACAGCAGCUUAGGCACACGUUGUGAGCUCUCCUGUGACCGGGGCUUUCGACUGAUUGGACGGAGGUCGGUGCAAUGCUUGCCAAGCCGGCGUUGGUCUGGAACUGCUUACUGCAGGCAGAUGAGGUGCCAUCCACUGCCAUUCAUCAUUAGUGGCUCCUACACCUGCACAAAUGGGGUGCUGCUUGAUUCCCGCUGUGACUAUAGCUGUUCCAGUGGCUACCACCUAGAAGGUGAUCACAGCCGCAUCUGCAUGGAAGAUGGGCAAUGGAGUGGAGGCGAGCCAGUAUGUGUAGACAUAGAUCCACCCAAGAUUCGUUGUCCUCACUCACGUGAGAAGAUGGCAGAACCUGAGAAACUAACUGCUCGAGUAUACUGGGACCCACCCUUAGUGAAAGAUUCUGCGGAUGGUACCAUCACUAGGGUGACUCUUCGGGGUCCAGAGCCUGGCUCUCACUUCCCUGAAGGAGAGCAUGUGAUUCGUUAUACUGCCUAUGACAGAGCCUAUAACCGGGCCAGCUGCAAGUUCAUUGUAAAAGUACAAGUGAGACGCUGUCCCAUUCUGAAACCACCACAGCAUGGCCACCUCACCUGCACCUCAGCUGGGAACAACUAUGGUGCCAUCUGUGAAUACCACUGUGAUGGUGGUUAUGAACGCCAGGGCACCCCAUCCCGAGUCUGCAAGUCAAGUCGACAGUGGUCAGAAUCACCACCAAUCUGUACACCUGUGAAAAUUAAUGUCAAUGUCAAUUCAGCUGCUGGCCUCCUGGACCAGUUCUAUGAGAAACAGCGACUCCUCAUAGUCUCAGCUCCUGAUCCCUCCAAUCGAUAUUACAAAAUGCAAAUCUCUAUGCUGCAGCAAUCCACCUGUGGACUGGACCUGCGGCAUGUGAACAUUAUUGAGCUGGUGGGGCAGCAACCUCAGGUGGUGGGGCGAAUUCGGGAGCAACAACUAUCAGCUGGCAUCAUUGAGGAGCUCAGGCAAUUCCAGCGCCUCACUCCUUCCUACUUCAACAUGGUGCUAAUUGACAAGCAGGGUAUUGACCGCGAACGGUACGUGGAACCUGUCACCCCUGAGGAAAUCUUCACAUUCAUCGAUGACUACCUGCUGAGCAACCAGGAGCAGGCACUUCGUCUGGAGCAAAGGGAUGUGUGCGAGUGACCUUGAGCCAGGGUGUGGCUGAGGCAAUUAUCCUAGGUAGCUUAAACUGAGGAGGAAAUAUCCCACACUAUUGGGAGCAGGAUUCAGGUGGGGGUGAGUGAGAUUUGCCAAAUCUAGGACAGUUCCAGGCAUCAUUUUAGGGCAGAAUAUUUGCUUCCCUAUGCAAGUCUCCACUUCAGGUAGCACUGGAGGAGCAUGUGAAAGUAGGUAGGGACUGAGGACAGGCCCUGGGCAAUGGGUUGGGGGUAGAAGGUCUUCUUCAUCUGACUGGAGCCUCUCCCUAACUUUCCAAAGUCUUUCAGAUAGUAAAUCCUAAAUUCACUCCUUUACUGUGUCAUAAAUGCGUCCUUUACCCUGUGGUGACAGCAGAGGGCAGCAUUGCAACAGACAAGCAGGGCACUAAACAAGUACAAAUAGAUUUUCCUUACAAUUAAUUCAUUGUAUUAGGAACCGUAGAGGGGUGACUAGGGCUUACAAAUCAUUCCUGAAGCUAAUGUUGUUUGCCCAUCCAGAACACUGGGCUAAAAAAUAUGUUGCUUGAACCGUUGCUUCAUCAAAAGUUAGAAAAACAUUUUAUCCAAAAGAAGUGUGGGAAGCAACAUCCAGCCAUAGCAGGAUGUUCUUUCAUAGAUACUCCCACAAGCUUGUGGGCAAGAAUUUCUCCCUACUGAGGUCUUUAGUACCCUGAUGAUGGCACUUCAUCAGAGGGUCCCCCAGUCUAUGAACUAGAUUAGGAAUUGGGGAAAUUGCUCAGCAGGUAAAAUGCUUGCUAUGCAAGCAACUUGUACCUGAGUUUGAUCCCCGGAAGCCAUGUAAAAUAGUGAGCUGUGGUAGUGUGCACCUGAGAUCCCAGUGGAAAAGUAGAAACAAGCAGAUCUGUGUGGAUCACUGGUCAGCAAGUCUAGUCUAAUGGUGAGUACCAGGCCAAGUAAAAAACUAUCUCAAGAAAAAUAGUAAAUGACAUGAAGGACAAAACCCAAGACUGACCUCUGAUCUCCACACACAUGUACACACAUGUACAUGCACACACACACCACCACCACCACCACCACCAAACAGCAGAAAGAACAAAAAUGGAUAACCUCAUUUGAUGACUUCCUCAGAUACCUACUUUUAAGAGAUAAGCACAGAGCCGGUAGCUACAAUAGAUCAGUGUUUGAAACAAAGCCAGAAAGCAAACUUGAGGUUUAGACUUUUGGGAAAUGGAGCCACACAUAGUUCCCUACUCAUCCUUUUUUCUUUCUUUUCCUUUGUUCUCCCACUCCUUACCCUUCUAUGCUGGGCAUUAAAGCCAUAGGCCAAGCUGAUAAUCCAUCUCCAGCUGCAGGUUUCUGCUCUGACUUGUGUCACAGUGUUUGAAACAAAAUGUUCUUCCCUUGAUUCUGAGAACAAUCUUUUAUACAGUGAUGGAAGCCACAAUCACAGUCAAGACUCAGAUGUCCUGCUUCUUCAGUUUUCUCCUGGGCACCAACAUUGGGCACCCAGAGACAGUAAACAGGUUGGGUGGGAAGGCAGCAAUAGUAAUGUUCAAGCACCUACAAUGUGUCAGGUAACAUUAUAAGCACUGUUGAUUGACUCAGAAAUCUUCAGAAGAGCCCUAAAAGGUAGUUGUUGUUAUUAGGUCCCAUUUACUGAUGAAGGAAUUGAAUCAUAGAGAAGCUAGGCAAUAUGCUAAUAAAUCAGGCAUAAACAACAGAAGCCAGGCUCCACUAUCCCAUUUGACCUCUUCUUUUUUUUUCUACUUCCCAUUAUAAGAUAAUUAAUAUGCUAAGGGGAAAGGUUUCAUCUUCUAAAGAUACAAUAUUCACAGUGGCCCCAGAAGGAAGGAACAAAAUGAAAGGCUCUCAGCCCAGGAAAAUUUUUUUCUUUAAAGCAGAGUGGUAUGACAUAAAUCAUAAGCCCACAAUGUAUGGGGGGAGCAGUGAAUCAGAGAGAAGCCAUUUCAACUUAGGUUCUAGUGGUAAUCUCAGUUUUAAAAGGCAAAACAAGAAGUCAGCCAGUUGCUCAGUAGAGUAGAACAUGGAAGAAAUGAUCAGACAGGUAAGAGGGGAAAAUCCCCCUUGUGAGAAAUAUCAGAGUUGUGAAAGGCCAAAGGCAAAUCAAAGGCAGAAGGUGAAAUACAAUGAGUAUAUGUAGGAAAUUUCUGGUCAGUCAGGGUCUGUUAUUCCAAAGGCAAAGACAGCAUUGGGUAAGAUAAAUGUCCUCUUUGUCAUCAUACUAGCACUUCAAGUGGCAAGCCAGGACAUGUUAGUAGAUCGAAAGCCCAGAAGAUAACACAGGGUCCCACUGCCUCCUGCAUAAAGAACCCAGCUGGGCCUGAAUCUUUCAUGGAAAUGUUCCAAUGAACUAGGGCUUACAACAACUUUAGGGGCUUGCAUUUUUGUGUUUCAUUUUGAGUAAUCAAUUCAAACCUGCCUUCCUUAGGUAAGGUCUUAGUGUAACCCCCUUUAUAUUCUUUAUAGAUUAUGACUUAAGAAAUCCAAGUAGGAGAAAGAGACAGGAGCAGAAUCAGAGCCACAGCCAAUCAGAAACAAAGGGGCUGGAAUGACAAAAGCCACUUAAUUCUUUCUUUUUUAAAAUUGUAUUUAUAUUUUUAUAGAUUACAGUUUAUUCAAUUUUUAUAUAUAAAAUUGUAUUUAUAUUUUUAUAGAUACAGUUUUAUCCCCGCUGUAGCCCCCUCCCUCAUCUCCUCACAUGUCCCUCUCCAAGUCCACUGAUAGGGGAGGUCCUCCUCCCCUUCCCUCAGACCCUAGCCUAUCAGGUUUCAUCAGGACUGGCUGCAUUGUUUUCCUCCAUAACCUGGUAAGGCUGCUCCCCCAGCACAGGGAAGUGAUCAAAGAGCCAGCCACUGAGUUCAAGUCAGAGACAGUUCCUGUUCCCAUUACUUGGGGACUCACUUGGAGACUGAGCUGCCAUGGGAUACAUCUGUGCAGGAGCUCUAGGGGUUCUAGGUUGUCUCCAUGAAUGGUCCUUGAUUGGAGUAUCAGUCUAAGAAAAGAACCCUGGGCCCAGAUUUCUUGGUUCUGUUGCUCUCCUUAUGGAACGCCUCUCCACUCCAGCUCAUUCUAUCUCCAACUUCUGUCAUAAGAUUCCCUGCACUCUGUCCAAAAUUUAGCUGAGUCUCAGCAUCUCCACCGAUACCUUGAUGGGUAGAGUCUUUCAACAGCCCUCUGUGGUAGGCUCUUGUCCUGUUGCCUGUUUUGUCCCUCUUCUGAUGUCCAUCCCCUUUGCCUUUCUGCAUGAGGAUUGAUCGUCUUACCCAGGGUCGUCCUCCUUGCUUAGUUUCUUUAGGGGUAUAGAUUUUAGUAUGUUUAUCCUAUAUUAUAUGUCCAAUAUCUACUUAUAAGUGAGUAUAUACCGUGUGUGUCUUUCUGCUUCUGGGAUACCUGACUCAAGAUGAUCUUUUCUAGUUCCAUACAUUUGAAUGCAAAUUUCACGAUUUCCUUGUUUUUAAUUGCUGAGCAGUAUUCUAUUGUAUAAAUGUACCACAAUUUCUGUAUCCAUUUCCUCAGAUGAGGGACAUCUGAGUUAUUUCCAGAUUCUGGCUAUAACAAAUAAAGCUGCUAUGAACAUG